AUGCCAGUCGAUUUUCCGACCUAUCUGACGCAGCUGAACGACGCCCUCGUUGCUGAAAAUGGGCCCAAUCUUGCCUACCUUCUCCGGCCGACGAGUCCCCAUGGAAAAGACCUCGUCAAGCAGUUCAGGAAUCCUACAGUGCGCCGGGGUCCAUUUGGCCAUUAUCAAGGAAGCAUACAGAGCCCAUGGGAUGAUAUUGCGAUCCAAUAUGUGAUGGUCUGUUCGCAUGUAGCUAGGCGAAGACCAAUGGAGGCAUUCAAGGAACAUACACAACUUGUCUCUUUAUUCUUCCGUUUCUUCACCGAAAAUCGAGGUUGGACACUACCGGCUCUGUUUUCUAUUUUGCGGGACUUACGGGAUUUGGCAUUCGAUGCCGACUUCUUUGCAAAAUAUAACAGCCUGAAGAGCGAGUCGAUGGAGGAAGCUGCGAGAGUCAUUGCAAAGGCCUUUGGAAACUGCAUGACUGACAGGACGUCAUCACUCGAUGAAUCUCGCAAAUGGGGCGUAUACUACGUCGUUGGUCUCAUACUCAAGUGUUACUUUCGGGCAAGUCGCUUUGUUAAACGAAUAUCUCUGUCAAAGAGUAUUUUGCGGGCCCUCGAAGCCAACUCUGACAUUCCCCCACUACAUAUGUAUCCCCGGUCGCAUCAAGUCACUUAUCGAUAUUACAUUGGAAUGCUGAGUUUUUUGAACGAAGAGUAUGCAAAGUCCGAGGAAGAACUGACUCUUGCUUUCUACCAAUGCCACACUGGAGCCAAAAGUAACCAAGAGCGCAUCCUGACCUAUCUCCUUCCUCUGCGGAUUCUGAAAGGUUAUCUUCCGUCACAAGAACUAAUGGAUCGAUUCCCUACACUCAAGGAGCUCUAUCAUCCAUUUAUAAUUGCUAUCCGAACCGGUGAUAUAUCCAGCUACGAUAGGGCACUCGACCACAACGAAAAGACACUCUUGGACCUGAAUCUUUGGAUAACACUCGAAAAGGCUAGAGAAUUAUGUUUGCGGGGCUUAUUCAGAAGAGCAUGGGUAGCUUCUCAAAAAGGAUCACGACUCCCUAUAUCCAUGUUCCACUCCUCACUCAAGAUCUCAGGUAUUGACGUUGAUGAGGACGAGGCAGAGUGCCUAGUUGCAAAUAUGAUCUACAAAGGUUUCAUGAAAGGGUACAUCAGCCACGAAAAACGAAUGGUCGUACUCUCUAAUACCAACGCGUUUCCGAAGUUGGCGGAAAGAUCCAAUCCGUAUGGAUCGAUAUAG